CGGCGAAUGCCGCUCAUCCCGCCGUCCACGAUGUCAACGACGAACAGCUUGCGGCGGUCGACCAGAGAACGCAAACAAACGCAGGAAUAUGUCAAAGCCUCACCCUCCCUUUCAAAACCUGGGAUUAAUCCCGACGAGGAAGAUGACUUUGAGGACGAUGGAUUAGAGCAUGAUCUCGAUACCGAAGGGGAAGGGGAGGGGGAUGAUGAGGAGCCUGAGUAUGCUGACCCUCGUCCUACGCAGUUGCGGGGAUCCAUGACGAAGCCGAAACGUGCACCGCGGUCGGCACCCAGAAAGGCGCGUUCUGCGCCUGCAAUCCCCAAAACUAUGCGAACCAAAGCUGCGGGAAAGAGCCACAGCGUGAAAGACGCGUCGAUAAAUGAUGAUAACUCAUUCUUUAAUUCGCUGCUGAACUCAGCUGCCGCACUCCAAUCCACCGUCCAAGACUUCCUCGAUUCACUAGAGGCCAAUGCUGACGCUGCAUUAGCGGAGUUGAUAACUUGCAUCCUGCGACUGUGUGGCUGUAAUUCUACCGUCGACUCACAUGUCGUCGUUGACAGUGAUGGUGUAGUGGAUUUUCUGGGCGAUCUUGUCGAAGAAGUCAAGGAGGCUGAAUCACAACAAUACCCUUUAUCAUCUAAAGCCCCAGUUUUUCGCAAGCUGAGGAAGUCCAUCUCCGAGUUCUUGGAUCGACUAAUAGCCUCAUCAUCUGAGAAUGAUAUGCUCUUCUCGACGGAAUUGGUCCCUACUCUUCAGAUUUGGGUCAUUGCGAUGUCAUCUGCCCAGCUGAGGAGUUUUCGUCAUACCGCAACAGUGGUAGCAUUAGAAUUGGAAAGUGCACUUUCAUCGGUGGCAGCAGUGAUCGAGAAAGAGGCAGAGAUGAUUAAUAGGCAACGAGAAGGCGAACGGAAGCGUCGCAAGGGUUCCAGCAAGCCAAGUGAAAGGGAGAAUGCGUUGCGGACGAAGGCUGCAGGGAUCAAAGAGAAGCGGACGAAGAUGAACGAGUUUCUCAAGGAGUUCUUCGAUGGAGUUUUUGUUCAUCGAUACCGCGAUUCUGACGCAGGCAUCCGAGCGGACUGUGUUAGAGAAAUGGGUGUUUGGCUCAAAAGACAUCCUGGAUACUUCUUAGAAGGCAACUAUCUGCGAUAUGUGGGAUGGGUCCUGUCCGAUGCCAACACCAACGUGCGCCUCGAAGCAGUCAAAUCGCUACUUGCUUUGUACCAAAAGGAGGAUUACCUUAUUACUCUACAGCAUUUCACUGAACGCUUCAAAUCCCGAUUGGUGGCAAUGGCUAAACAUGAUACGGAACUUUCCGUUCGUGUCGCUGUGAUUCAAGUAUUGGAGGCCAUUGACAAGAACGCCCUGCUGGACGAUGACCAACGCGCAUUGCUUUGUCUCCUUAUUUUUGACCAAGAACCUCGCGUCCGUAAAGCGAUCAGCGCGUUCGUCCGGAGAGUAUGGGAUGAGACCGUUGCACAACGUUUAGUGAAGCGAAAUGCGCAUGAUGACCGCGAGCGCAGCUUUGCAGGAGCAAAAGCGCUCGCUUUGUUACUUGUAAAUUGGGAGAACGUUCUUGCGAAAACCGGGGUGCCGCUUCAGUCUGAGGAUGGUUCGGGGACGAGAGUCACUUCCAAGGAGCCUAGUUCGUUUGAUAUCAUGGUUCUCGCUGCGGAGCAAAAAAGUCGUGUCGCCCUUGCGAUAGAAGCGCUCUGGGACCAAAUUGAUGUUAUCCCAAACUGGGAAGCUAUUCUUCAGCUCUUGUUACUGGACCAUUCCGGCAAUGUUACUGCCGAAAGUGUCGUUGCAUCAGCGUCGAAACUCCGAAAGAAGUCACAGGCCUCUCCUCGUAAGAAACGGAAAGGUGAGGACGAUGAAGAUAUUGCCGACGAAGCAUGGAGGCUAGAAGAAACCGAAGAGACUGCUCUGUUGAAUGUCCUACUGGCGUCGUUGCAAAAAACUCUUGCAGACUCUGUGAGCAAAAAGACAUCGGAUGCCGACAUUGUCCGGAAUGACCUUACUCGCGUUUUGAUGAAAGCACUUCCGCAACUAUUCUCAAAACACCAGACAGACGAUUUUCGGAUGAUUGACAUUCUUACCAUUCCCAGGCUACUCAACGCUAAUUUGUAUUUGGAAAUGAGAAUGCUUACGGCAUUUGAGGGCUUGUGGGAUGACAUAUCCAAGCAAAUCUUGACCCAAUCAUCGCCAGCAGUUGUGUCCAGCGCAAUUCUUACAAUGAUGCACCUUCUCCAAGCGACUGCCCUCUCCGCUACCAACUCGACAAAACUCGUUGAGCUCGACGAUGAACUUUCAUCAUCACUGAGGGCCGUCGUCUCGGGUCGAGAAGAAAUAGAGGCUAGCAGUUUCCACGAAGACGAAGUAGUGUCCCUUGCGGCGAUUACGCUGCGAAUUCAGCUGCUUUCCGCCAGACGAGACAUGUCCUCUUGGGUUGAAGAUGACGACAAUGGCAAACAAUCAUCAUCUUGGGAUAUCAUCUUGGCCCUAGCGGAACGUGGACGUCUUGGUCAUAAGGAAGAGGAUACUCUGGUCCAAAAUUGCUUUAAUAUUUUGACACAAUAUGUCACAUGGAAAGUGAAUAAGCAGCGUCCGGAGUCAUCUUCGUCGCAAGAGGGUUCCUCUUUCGGCGAACCCGACCUGGAAAGAAGGAAUGCCCUUCUGCGCCUCCUGCAAGAUUAUAUCGGUGGUAACAAUUCAAACGCGAGCGAAGCGGUGAAGCGGACGGCAUUUCAAAACUUCGUCGUCCUCCAUAUUCUUUUCCCAUCUGAUCAAGUCCAUGCGUCACUGGCCAUCAAGAUGGAUGACAGGUUGCAAUACCAGUGCGCUGGUUUUAUGCAAGCAGAGGCAGAACGAUUCCACGAAGAUAUUAUUGAAUCUCGUGGCCCUGUGACUCAUGAGAACGGCGUUGGUGGCAGCGAUGAAUCAGGCAGCGAGAGCGAAAACGGACAGUCGAGCAAUCAAAAGCGUGGUGAGAAGGCCUCCAAAGCGAGCAAACACGAGCAACCCCUCAGCCGCUUAAAACUUGAGAGUGAGCAUGACUUCAUUUCGGUUGCCAAUUAUUUCCUUCGUGCCAUCGCUGCUGGAGUCAUGAGCCCACGCCACUCAUCGACAUUGCUCGCAUACCACGGUCUCCUCGGGAGCCAGUUUGAUCAUUGUCUCUCCACUUUGGUUUCGGUUUUGAGGGAAGAGGGCAUGUUCAAAAAUAACGGUGAACUGGUGGCCACAAUAGUGAAUGAGGCUCUGCGUCAGUCUUUCACAAUGUUUAUGGACGGUCAAACAGAUUCUCAGGCAUGCAUUGGCCUUGCCAAAGCAUUUGGACCCGUAUUUGUCGUACGAGGCGCUCACUUGUCCAUCACGCGUCGACUCGAUGCUCCCCAUGUAGUGGAAAUACAUUCAGCUGGCUUAACGUGGAUUAUCAAAAGAAUCGCAGCAUAUGAGUCAAGCGGCAACCGAACAAAAAAAAUGCAGUGCAUUGAAUUCUUCCGAGUCUUGCAUGCUUUGCUAACAAGUGUCGGGAGCCGAGAAGCUUCAAAAAUUAAAUCCCACCUGGAUAAGACUUUGGAAGCCUCUAGCCUGGAAAUCCCUCCAACUUCCAGGGGUUGGGACGCUGCUCGCCUAUAUGAGAAACGCCUCAUAUCAGCAAUGUCCAAGGACAAGAGUAUUGUCGCAAAGGGCAGAGCAGCUGCUUCCAAGGCAUCUGCGAGAUCAGGCGAAGGCGUCACUGAUGAUGAAUCACUGACGGGGAACCAUGGCGAUUCAUUGCCCCCCAGACCACCCAUGAAUCUGGAAAAAGAUCCGCAAUCCAGAGAUAUCCUCGGAGAUGGCGAGACUGAUCCUGAAGUAACAUCCAAGAGCACUGAUCAACUAGGCGCUCGGCCACGACCGCGGAUGAGGCCUCCACCCUCUUCAUCACCCUCACGAUCGCCAGUGCGGAUCUCCUCAGCAGAAACUCCAGCCAGGAAACGAAAACGAACACCUGAUUACGAUCGAGAUGAUGUCUCGGACAGUGGAGAUGCUGAGGCGAUCUCAGCACUCAUCGAGCGACAACAAAAUUCCUCACAAAAGCCGUUGUCACAGGCAAGCCAAGCAAGUGUGGCAGAUUUCAAGUCCGCAAGGAAAAGGGCUCGGAGGUGACAUGACAAGAAUUGAUAUGGCAUUCUUAUAUGUGCAGCACUCAUUCCGCAACAAUUGUUUCGGCGAUCUUAUGUGUACCACUGUAUCUGAUGAUUUAAUCGCUAACUUAUGCGGCAGCGCGCCGGAUAUUCAUGUAUGAUCAUAUUCAGUGAUUACUUGCUAAUGUGAAUUAAAACAGAAUGUGUAUGAGAGUAU